GUCGUCCCUCUUCAGAUCUACAAUCAGCUGCUGGAACACAACCCUCAAAACGUCCAGAGCAAGGAGAACCAUGGAUUACUACAGAAAAUAUGCAGCUGCCAUUCUGGUAAUAUUGUCCAUGUUCCUGAAUAUCCUUCAUUCUCUUCCUGAUGGAGACUUUAUUAUUCAGGGUUGCCCGGAAUGUAAACUAAAGGAAAAUAAGUACUUCUCCAAGCUGGGUGCCCCCAUCUACCAGUGCAUGGGCUGCUGCUUCUCCAGGGCAUACCCCACUCCAGCAAGGUCCAAGAAGACAAUGCUGGUUCCAAAGAAUAUCACCUCGGAGGCCACAUGCUGUGUGGCCAAAGCGUUUACUAAGGCCACAGUGAUGGGAAACGCCCGAGUGGAAAACCACACGGAGUGCCACUGCAGCACUUGUUAUUAUCACAAGUCUUAGACGCAGCUGCAGCGGUGGCGGCGAAGGGCCGGCUGGCCACGGCUGGUGUGUGGGGCGGCACUGGGUGACGCCGCCUCCUUCCUUACCAGGCUCUUGGCGCGUUGCGGUCCUACACUGCAGCUUUACUCCAUCCCCUCCCACUCCAAUGUCAUCGCAGUCUCCUUUCGGUAGGGAAAAAGAUAGUAUUUAGCACGAUCAUGAAAGUUAGUAAUAAAGCCUUUUAAAUCACCAAUCACAGAGUUUUGUCACCAUCUUUAAAACUAAAGCUGUUUACUUUUGACAAGAUUUAUCACAAGGAAUGACCCAAGGUGUUGGAUUGGGACCACAUGCGCUUAGUGACCUGGCAUCGGAUAGAUAGCCUUGCUUCCAUCUAGCCUUCUGGAAGCAAGCUGCCCAUUCUGUCAGCCAGUGGGCUGUGUCUCAGGUAAUUCACCGGGGUGGGAGGAAAAGGUAUGAAAAUUCUAUUUUUACUCAUGUUUAUGUCCCCUUUACAUCUCUAUUU